AUGUAUGGUCGGCGCGGUUUCACUGUAGCGGAUCCGGAGAGUUUUGGCGUGUCUAUCGCAGAGCACUGGGCCAUCGCUUCGGCCAAUCCUCGCUUUAUCCCUCCCCACAGAACGCCUCCUAGUGUGCGGAUCAUCCACUCUGGACAUGCGUGUAAUGUGGACGAGGAGCGCCACACGGAGAGGGUCUACACCAUCCGGGAAGGGGAGACGCUGGAGCUCACGUGCCUGGUGACCGGACACCCACGACCACAGACGUACUCCACCGACUGUCUGCUGUCCAGACACUCCAUCACCGACAGAGCUGCCUUCCUCCUGCAGGGGGAUCAGUGA